UCAAGGGUUUGGGGUGUUGAUCUAUAGAUAUGGAACUCAGUUUUUUUUCUUUCUUUCUCCUCUCUCUGGAUGGUGGGGGUAUGUUUGAUCCUUUUACUGGAAGAGCAUGUACUGGACCUCAUUCUGAGAUUCAGUUGUUUCUUAGAACCAUAGUUAAUCUCUUACCUCAUUACCAGUUUUUCUAGAGAGCCUGCGAAUAAGGCCUCUUUUUAUUUUCCUUGACACAGUUGAUCUAUUAGAGGAUUUGCAGUCCUGGUGUGUAUUGACUCUUUUUUAUUAUUUUAGGGGAGAUAUUAUUUGCAAGUAAAAGAUCGUAGGAAAUGAAUUGGCCAAGGGGUAUAUGGAAAAGACCUACAAAAAAAUUUGGGAAGGAAAGUUUGAAGAAAUUUUUGAUUCUUUGUCAGUGAUGCCACAUGUUAUUAUGGUUGAUCAUUUCAUUUUCAUGUCUUUUUGACUAGGUUUUUGUUGUUUUCACUACAUAAUCAGCUUACUUUUUCUGUAAAGAAUGGAAACCAACUAAAAGUACAAAAAUACCAUACUUUAUGAGCCCAUAAUCAUCCAUAGAUUCGGAUUUUAUGUAUAUUAAUAAAUAUUUGUUUGGUUAGAGCUUUAGUCAACAUAUUGGAGUUUAUCCACCAUGCUGUCUCAAGCUUAUUCUCUGCUUUGAAUUGACACACCUUUUUUUUCUUAUUAUUUCUUCUGCUAGCAUUCUGAAUUCUUCGAGUACUUGUGACAAUGGGUGGACUGCCCCUGCAAGAUGCUUCUUCUACCUUAGCUUUGCCGGGGUCUCAGCCAAACCAAGGUUUGGCAAUCGUAAAACCUGACCAAGAGUCAAAGCCAAAGAAGAAGAUCUGCUGUGCCUGCCCUGAGACUAAGAAGCUGAGAGAUGAAUGCAUUGUGGAGCAUGGUGAAGAUGCUUGUGCAAAAUGGAUAGAAGCUCAUCGCAUGUGCCUUCGUGCUGAGGGCUUUAAUGUUUGAGAUUAAUAGAGGUAGUUUUUACAAUUCAAACCAGAUGGGUAUACCAACAUUAAAAUUUUACAAUUGCAGAUAGCAGAUUAUUUGCAAAAGAAAUAAAGCAAGAAAUUGGUAUUUGACUUUUGAAUGCAAUACUUGUAUUUUAUAUGAUUUUUGUUACCUUUAUAAAUAAUUUGAAUUGAAAGAGGAUGAAAUACAU